AAAUUUACGCUACCACUCAUUUCAUACUUGCAUCACAUAGGAACUUGCUUCGAAGUAUAAGAAAAUGUGCCUCAAGGAUCUCAAGUCUUAGGUAGCCCUUCAUUGUUUUCUAAAGUAUGACGGUCACAAUGCAGGGUCUGCAGCUUCACAGAACUAAAACUAUCUUUUUCUGGCUAUCAUUGUUGUUUACAGCAAUUUGCUGUCGCAACAUAGAUGAAAAGCUUGAGGUAGUAGGAUUCAUAGAACAUUCGGAUUUCACAGGAAGUAAUAUCAAAGUUAACCAGACCUUUUCAGGAUUAUAUGUUACAAUUGUUGGCAGGUCUGCAGAUGGAAAGCUUAAAACAAUGGGAUCUAGUAAACUCAAUGAAGAAGAAAAAUUUAAAAUAUUUCUUCCCCAGGAGACUGUCAAAGAUGGAGUGAUCAGAAAAGACUGCUAUGCGAAAGUCCACGGUGCUUCAGAUUCAUCGUGCCCUUUAGCCAACAGCGAAGAGACCUCAGUCAUUAUAUUCCAAUACAAGAGUCAAAAGAAAAAUACUAUAAGCCACUCCGCAAAGCUUAACUUGUCUCCAAUUACUUGCACUUCUAAGUCCUUCUGGCCAUUCCAAAGACCUAAAUGGUUACCUAUUCUACCGCCACGUUUUAAACAUCAAACUCCACAAGCACCAAUCUUAACACCAGAAACUCAACUGGCACCCUCUUUUUCACCUUCCGAUCAGCCAGUUUCAUCACUUUCUCCACCAUUAUCACAGCCAGAUGAUGUACCACCAGCAGUUAGUCCUGCAUCUGACAACCCUCUACCCAAUACUCCAGUUCCAGUAUACAAGCACUCAUCGCCAAGUCCAUCACCUAUAUAUCUCCCACAUAAACAUUACCCACCAGCAUCCAGUGCUCCUUCGAUUCUAAAACCAAAACAGCCAUCUAAAGACCUUUCUCCAGCUCCUGCACCAAGUUCUGACACUGAAGCAUCCCCACUACCAGAUGGACCAUUGCCAUCAAGCCCAUCACCAACUGGAAAUGCAGGCCUCUCUCCAGCUCCAAUUCCAAGUUUUCACAAUCUAGCAUCCCCACCACCCAAUGAAGCAUUACCAUCAGGUCUAUCACCACCCCCUUCGGCUAACAAUAAUCCACGUCCACCCCAUGCUCCAAGGUUUAGAAUACCACAACCUCCACCAAUUCCAACAAUCACCAGGCCAUCUCCCCCUGAUUCAUAAAACUUCAGAUUAUAUUUGGAACAGCCUCUUUCUUCCACCUGACGAAUUAUUGGAAAUAAUGAAUCUUCCUGUAGUAGAUUUUCUAUAACCAAAAAAAUCGUGAACUUGUGCUACAUUGUGGUGUGACAUGCAUUGAACUAUUUUUUUCAGAAAUAAACACAUGUGACUAUUCAUCUGCUAUGUACUUGAUAUCUUUGUUGUUUCAGUGAGGCCAACAUCAUCAAGCAACACAUAUAGUGUGAUAGUGUAACUAGAUGGUGAUAGAUGUGAUUUCAAUUAUUGUCUUUAAUUAUUUUCAAAAUGUCACAAUUAUUAUGAAUAUAAUAAUCACAUGAAAUUUCAUCGUA